UUACUCAGCCGAUCUCAUCUCAAUCUGCCAAGCACGCCUCGCCGAACCAACCCGAACCGUCGUUUUCACGCCUCGUCAGACGCCGACACUAAUUAGUGCGCUGGAGCAGUGUUUCGAUUGAGAGAAGGUCUAAAGAAGCAGAUAGAAGUUUUUGAAAAAUGGGAGAAUCAAGAGAGCAAUCAUUCUGGGGUGAAAGGUUUUCCUUUCUUCAAAAUUAUUCUAGAUUCAUCAAGCGUGAUAAACCACUUCCUUCUUGGUCCUCGUCUGAUGUCGACGAAUUCAUCACCUCCGAUCCCGUUCAUGGCCCCACUCUGAAGACUGCUAGGGAAGCAGUGAACUUUGCUAUUACUGGAAGUGUUAUUGGAGCAGCAUCGACUGCGGGUACUGCAUGGAAAUAUUCCAGGAGUUUACAUGGCACUGGGUUGUCCUUAGCAGCUGGAGCUGUUUUUGGUUGGACAUUUGGACAUGAAGUCGCCAACCAGUGGUUUCAACUUUACAGGUUGGACACCAUGGCUGCACAGGUGAAGUUUAUGGAAUGGUGGGAGAAAAAGACUGAGGGAAGGGCAUAAAAUUUCAUCUGCGGUUGAAAUUAGUGCUGAAACUUUGUUUCUCUUUCUAGAAUAAGAGUUAUAUGCUUCCAUGUCAAAAAUGUAAUGGUUGAUUACUUGAUUUGCUUAUGCAGCUGCUUGAUGUUGGAAUUUUGCAUGUUUUGGGUCUGAGGGAUUCUUAAUUGUUUCAACAUUUUCAGGAAGCAAAUUGAUAGAAGUGCAACACACAACAGUUGUUCC